GAAUCGGACGUGUGGCCGUCGAUCUUGAUGCGAAACCAUCGCGGCGUAAAAUGAUCGAAAUCAGAGGACUUGGCACACUGUGGAUGUGGGGCGGAUUGGAGUACAGUGGACUUGCCAUAGAGAAUUGCCAGUGCCUCCGAGAACAGAGAUUGACGCAAAGAUCCACCGAUAAACCCCUAAUCCCAAGGGUCACCCUGCGUUAUCAGCCCUCAUUCCUGGCCAUUGGCAUUGCGCUAACGAUCUGCUUCGGAUCCGCCCUCGGUGCUCCACAAACCUCCUGCAUCAUGUGCGACAAGGAGGACCUGCGGCCACGAGUCCCGCCGUACACCGACAGCUACGAGGAGUACACCUUCGACCACCAGGUGACCCAGAAAGCGGCCAUCGAGUCCAUGCUGAAGUUCAACGGGACGAAAGGUCAGAACAACGCCUGCAGUUCAAUAAAGUGUCCGCCGAAUACAUCAAAGUAUUGCCUAGGAGAACAGUUUAUCAACGACCAUUGUUGGUGCGAACUGCAGCAUCGAGAAGAGGGCCUGCCCUAUGUACCUCACGUUUGCUUUGCGGAUCAGAAGGUGCACACAUCCUCCGUGGAAUCCUGCUUCACAUUCGUGCAGGUCAAGGAGUGCUGCUGCGCUGAGAUCUGGUUCAAGAAGUGGCGACGCGUUUCCGGCAGCUCUCGGAGCCAGCACAUACCAAAAAUACUAGUACACCUGCUAUCAGCACUCAGUGUUAUCCACUGGCUAAGUAGAAGACGAACAUUUUGUUAAAGUUGGAUGUCAGGAGGAGUCAGAAGUCAUCAUGUGAAAGCUGUACAACAUAGUCAUAGCGAAGUAGGAUCUAGCCGUAAAAGCAUUCGAAUAAGUGUACUUAGUUCAAACAAUGUAAUCAAACCUACUUGCUAAGCAUAUAUUUAAGCGUUAAUAAAUACAAGUUUAUAAAGCUAA